CAACCAAUAGGCUGCUGGUCAAAGGAGAGAGGGUGUUUCUUGUGCAGUCCAGAGAGCAGCAGCCAUUCUCGGGCAGUUUCUGCCCCCCUCCAAAAAAUCCUCCCUUUUUUUAUUUAUGCACUCCAUUUCCUCCCUCCCCCGUCUUUAAAAUCUUUUCCCCCAUUGAACUUUGGCAUAUCCUACAGUGAGAGACUAGAGUAGCAGAGUAGGUGUCUGCUCCGGUCUGUCUUCUUCCUCGUUUCGAGGCCAAGCUAGCGAAACCAAGAAACGCACAGACAGGCGCAGAGUCAAGAAGACCGGGGCCAGGCCAGGCGGCAACCAUGGAAGGGAGGAUGGGCAUUGCGGUGGCAGGCGGCGGCCAUGAAGCCGCCGGCCUCGUCAUGUUCAGAGGCGAUGUGUCCAUGGCGGAAGCACAGCAGGGCGGAGGAGAAGCAGGGAAGGUGGGGUACUUGUCCUCCCCUUCUUCCUCGCCAUCGACGUCCCUCACGCCGUCCCCACCGCCGGCCGAGGAGCCGGCUGGCCAUGGAGGGUACGCGGCCGCCGCAGCGCCGCCGCCGCACGCGUGGAGCUUCGGCGGCGAGCAGGAGCAGGAGAAGCCGGGCGAGACCGCCGGCGCGGGGGACGACGGCAACGGCAACGGCGGCGGCGGCGGCAGCAUGCAGAUGGCGGCGCACCGCGGCGAGCACUCCGCCGCCGGCGCCUCGAGUUCCGGGCGGCGCAGGGGCCGGCCGCGCGGCUCCGGGAGACGCCAGAUCCUCGCCAGCCUAGGGGAAUGGUUUGCUCUGUCAGCUGGAGGGAGCUUCACGCCCCAUGUCAUCAUCGUCCCUCGCGGAGAGGAUGUAGUGACGCGCAUAAUGUCCUGCUCCCAGAAGGGUCCACGCUCGGUCUGCAUCCUCUCUGCCAAUGGGACCAUCUCCAACGUGGCAAUCAACCAGCCCGGCUCUGCUUCCGGUGACACCGUCACCUUCGAGGGCCUAUUUGAGAUUCUUCAGCUGACUGGCUCCUUUACAAUGGCCGAGGAAGGUAGGAGGAGGACCGGUGGGCUCAGUGUCUCGCUUGCUCACCCCGAUGGCCGUGUCUUUGGCGGCGUUGUGGCUGGAAUGCUUCGUGCUGGGACUCCUAUCCAGGUGAUUCUGGGGAGCUUCCUGCCCAACAGUCUGAAGCAGCAUCAGAGGAGGAUGGGCCUGAACCAGCAGCCAUCCACCGUUCCAGCACUGCCAGUGAUUGCCGCUCCUCCACCGGUGCUCACAGCCGCAAUGCCCGUCUCUCAGGCAGCUGCUGCCGCACCUCCCCGGAUGCUGACAGCCGCAAUGCCCGUCUCUCAGGCAGUUGCCGCGGCACCUCAUCUCACAGCAGCAAUGCCCAUCUCUCAGGCGGCUCCCGGUAACGGCCGCAACCACGUGCAGCCGAUGUCUGUGGCACCGCUCCAAGCCCAUCAGCACGGUGCAGCCACAGGCAUGAACUUGAACUCAAGCUCCUCCGGUUUUACCAUGGUUGGGUGGCCCGUCAACAGCAGCACUGCACAGCAGCCGCCCAUGGCGAACAGGACUUCCCCUGAUAUCAAUCUCUGCUUGACUCCCCAGGAGUAGAAGAAUUGGCUCCCCAUUUUUACUUCUUGUCUCCUCUUCCCUGACAGAUUUUGUAGGGCAUGGCUGUAACCUGGUCAUGUGUGGUUGUAACAAAUUUUAUUGUGGGUUGUAUCCAUCCUUAUCAGCUUAGGUCAGUUAGAGUAAGGACAGUUUAGCCCUGAUCUGGUAGAAUGUGACAGAUGGUGCUCUCAUUGGUGAUCCUUAGGACAGAAGGCUUGUAUGGAUUUGUUUUGGGCUGUUCAUUGUGAUUUUAGUUUCUGAUAUUGAUGUCUUGAUUACUU